UUAAUUUCUACAUUUCUAAACUAUUGGUUAAAAUGUUCAAAUAUUGUGUAACCCUUUUCUGUCUCCUAAUAUGUAUAACCGUCUCAUUACAGGAGUUUAUGGCGGGAAUUGACCCUGGUCUUAAGACUAAAAUGUGUGACCCGGCGGCUAUAACGGACGACAAAAUGCAGAAACUUGUCAAAUGUGAUACGGAUUGGGAGAAAACUAUGAGAACUCAAUGGGACCAGUUGAGGGAGACUGUAGGCACUAAUUGUACGCAAAACUUUAAAUCGGUUCUGGCUAAUUACAGUAAUGUUAAGGUGGCAAAGAGUCAGGGACAGUUGUUGUUGAAAUGUAAUGUUGAGUACCGGGAUUGUCGUAGAGGGUUUGUCAAAACGUUUGACAACCUAUAUAUGGCACCCAUUGAU